AUGGCAACAACCGACUCGCGACACGCAAGCAAGUCUUCCAUCUCAGCGCUAGAGGCAGCACGAGCACGAAUUCGCAAGGAUGAUCAAUCCUUUGAGCCGCGAACGCCACCUCCUCUCCGCAAUCGGUCGAUAGUCUCAUCAUUCGGAUCCUCGUCCUCGCCGCUCUCGUCGUUCCGAAACGAAGAAGAUGCUAUCAUACUUGAACUGGGAGCUCGCUCGCUGCGUGCGGGAUUUGAGGGCGACAGUGCACCAAUGUGUACGGUAGGCUUUGGGCCAGAGGAGUCAAGGAAAGCUGGAGAUUAUCGAGGAUUUCUCAGAUCAAAGGGACCGGGAAAUACCCCAGAUCCCUUGGAUGCAGAGGAGUGGGUUAAAAGCUACGAAUUGUGGCGUAUGGACUUGAGGGAGGUAGAUCUAGGCCUGGUGGAAGACAAGGUUGAACGCGCAAUCCGUGAUGUGUAUAACAAUUAUCUACUGACAGACGCGGGAAAUGCGCGUCUUGUCCUGGUCCUGCCGUCCGUCAUGCCACACCCACUUCUAUCAGUUAUCCUUGGAACGCUCUUCAACCGUUGGAGAUUCCCAUCCAUCACGCUUCUGCCAUCUGCUACAAUGGUAGCUGCCGCUGCAGGGGUGCGCGCAGCUUUGGUUGUUGAUUUGGGCUGGGGUGAAAGCACUGUUACCGCCAUCUACGAAUACAGAGAUAUGGGUACGAAACGAAGCACUCGAGCAAUGAAGCCCCUCAUGCAACAAAUGGGGCAAAUAUUAUCAAAUUUAGAAGAUGCUUCCGAUCAAAAAGAAUCAAAGCGUGUCGGUAAUAAAAUAUUUACCAAUUUUGAUUACUGCGAGGAAGUUGUCAGCCGGUUUGCUUGGUGCAAGUGUGCUGCAGACGACAGCGAGGAAGACUUGGACAGAAAUGUAGCCAUACCAUCGCCAUCCGAACCGGACUCAAGUUAUGUGCAGGUGCCAUUCUCUCACUUCACGAAGCCGGUUGAAGCCAAUUUCUUUGCCGAGGGUACUGACGAGCACGAGUUGGACGAUGAUGAGAAGCCAAUCCAUAUCCUGGUUUAUAAUGCUCUAUUGGAGCUGCCACCAGAUAUACGCGGCGCGUGUAUGUCCCGUAUUAUCUUUGUUGGUGGCGGCUCGAAGAUCCCUGGUAUUCGCCAACGCACACUGAAUAAUGUGAUGUCGCUCGUGGCGGAGCACGGAUGGGACGCGACCAGAGGCCGCGCCGUGGAGGAACAGAGGAAGAAAAUGCACGAACUUAGCAUUAGCAAAAAACGCAACUGUGGCACUUCAGUCAAAGGGGUUACUCAGACCACAGUGGCUGAUGCACAAGAUAACCCAGAAGAGGGAGCAGCAGAAGAAGAUGAAGAUGAAGAAAAAGAAGAAGGGAAAAAACAAAGUGUGGAAGAAGCAAGGGCAGCGGAAUCGGAGCUUGAUUUCGUGGAGCAAAAAGUCCGUCGCAAUCAAUCUCGGAAUAACAAGUCAUACAUUCACGGACAGUUUCGCCAGGUCGAAUCUCUAGGAGCUUGGGCUGGUGCAAGCCUUGUGACAAGCCUCAAGAUCAGAGGUCUGGUUGAGGUUGAGCGUGAGAAAUUCCUUCGGGAUGGGUUGGCAAGCGCCAGUCGAGAUGUGGAUGGUCACCAUAUAGCAGAUCGACGAUCCGGUAUUCGUUCUUCUGUCGUGAGUGAUCGGUCGAGCUGGACAUUGGCAGGUUGGGGAUGA